AUGCUCCUCAUGAUGAUUUUCAAGCACAAUGUAACAGGCAGCGUACAAAGGGCAUUGGAUAUUUACGAUAGCUUUGACCUCUCUGCUGUUCACGAGCACUUGUAUCCGGUUCGAUCAACAUUGGCCCAACAAAUAAAGAAAUUCUCCUAUGACGUUGAGAAUGGCACCGUGGCUAUUCAGGCUUGGAAACAUGGAUAUGAACUACUUCCCUUGCAGAGUGUCUUCCCCAUGGCAAUCAUACACUACAAUAAGCACUUUUCUGGAAAAGUAGUCAGAACAAAACGCGCCGAGGAACUGGCUGGUCACAUGAGAAGCAGCAAGAUUGGUAUCUCGGGAAGAAAGGGAAUACUUGGAUGUUUGGUCCGGUACAAACCCCAUCUUCAAGAUCAGACCAAUGCACAAGCUUCUGCUAAAAGACAAACCAAUGGACUAUUGACAGGCCCAUCAAUUCAUCAGAUUGCUCCUCAGAACCCAACAACAUGCCGGGAACCGUCGGGUGCCAAUGAUGAUCACAUGUUCCAGCUCAAAGAAGCAUUGCUAGGCUGUCAUCCAGCCAAACUUUUUCUUGUGGCCGCCUCAAAAGAUCCCAAGGAACUCGAUGAGAUUGAAAAGAUUGCAAAAGAACUGAUUGCAUGUGUCAAGACAACAAAGGCCAUGCUGGGAGUAUCCGAAGACAACAAGACUGAAGCCAGCAAAAGUCUCAACAGCGGUCAGAAACAUGUCACUGGCAGUGAAAACCGCGAUGCUGGCAAGGACAAGGCUUCGGAACUGCAGGAGACGCGCCCAGACAAGAAGCAUGCCUCACUCGGUGAAAACACUGAAGAUGACAAGAAACAGGCCACGAAACAGCAUCAGGAUCGGCGAGACAAAGACGAGAAAGUCCCUGACGCCAAGAAUAGCACAACGAGCCAUCAAACCACUCACCAUGUUGUUACAGAGAACGAAUCCAAUGGCAGCGAAUCCAACGAUGCUGUCAUUCAACCGCCUUGA